AUGGCAUGUUGUCUAUUGGCGGUAGUUAUGGUCGGUAGUGACUGGGGCAUAUUGUUACCUGGAUUAGAUAGAAUUGAAAUGCUAGAGAGUUUAUUCCGAGGAAGCAGAAAUGAUGCAUUGGGGUUAGGUGGAAGAGGGGGAAAAGGAAAAGGGGAUAAGGGUGAGGAGGAUGAGGAUGACGAAAAGAAACAGGAAGAAUUAUCGAAUGGUUUGGUAUAG